UUUCAGCUACCCAGAAAACUGUUGAUGGUCCAUCAAUGAAAGAUUGGAGAGGUGGAAGAGCUGCUUCAUUCAACAUCAUUCCUAGCAGUACUGGAGCAGCUAAGGCUGUUGGGAAAGUACUACCAGCACUCAAUGGGAAGUUGACUGGAAUGGCCUUCAGAGUUCCCACUGUAGAUGUUUCUGUGGUUGACCUCACUGUGAGAACUGAGAAAAAAACCACCUAUGAUGAGAUCAAGGAGGCUAUCAAGCAAGCAUCUGAAGGACCAUUGAAAGGCAUAUUGGGUUACACUGAAGAUGACUUGGUGUCCAUGGAUUUUGUUGGUGAUAGCAGGUCAAGCAUCUUUGAUGCCAAGGCUGGAAUUUCAUUGAAUGACAAUUUCCACAAGCUUGUUUCGUGGUAUGACAAUGAAUGGGGAUACAGCAACCGUGUGGUUGAUUUGAUCUGCCAUAUUGAUUCUGUUUCCAAGUAAGAAGGCGUUUAGCUAUUCAGUGGCGGACCGGAGUGGUCUUUUUUCAAAUCCAAUUGUUGCAUUUUGUAAGGUUUCAUGUUUUUGAACCGAGACAUGUUUUCAAAUAAGAACAGAGAGUAUGUUUUUCUUCUGAUCGGUUCGAUUUGAUCAUGUGGUGAUGUGGUUGAGCACAUCAUGUUAUGUGCUUUGGAUGCGCAACUUUAAUAAAGUGUCAAGUAUUUGGUAUUGAUGCAUGUUCUUUGGGCUGGUUUGAGAGUCAUAUA